GAGUGCGGCCGCACGUGUAACAUUGGCCGUCUACGACGCAGUCGUUCUCGGGACUUGUUCGUGUCGGGCAGCAAGAGAACCGUACUCGCGCACCGGGGCACGGGCGGCUAACGCAAAACACAGAGCAGAGUACAGAGAAAGAGAGCAACAACGACAACAACAACAACAACAACAAAUACACGCAAAAAAGCAUACAUUAAGUAUACAUAUACAUGUGCCGAUACAUGUAUAUAUAUACUGUACAGUUCACCAGCUAAACCAUUCGCCCCACCAACCCCUCCGACUGUGGCUGUGUUUUCGUUUAUCCAUGUUUAUCUAUUGCGCUCUUCCCACUUUCAUCCCCUAAGUGUGUUUGGAAAGCUGUAUGUAUUGUUCCCGCCCCAGCAUCAUCUCGCUGCACUGUUCAAUUCUACACAUAUACACAUAGCGCGUUGUAUUCCGUAUACACCUGUAUUUUUGUGUUUUUAAUUUAACAAAAAAGUCCUCCAUUCCUGACUGAAAUUAUCAAACAUUUGUUUUUGCGCAAAUGUGUUGCAUGGGUUGUGUGUGCGAGCGAUAGUGUUUGUGUCUCUAUGUUUGGUGUAAAAGAGUUAAGAAAAACAGAGCAAGAGACGAGCAGAUCUUCUCGACUGUAUACACUAACCAGAUGAACUGUACGUGUGUGUGUGUAUGUGUGCUCGUGCCCAUGUGUGUGUGUACAACUUUUUUGUAAACAAAUCAUCCGCAAAUUCCGAGUGCUGCCCGUACAUUUAAUUAGCAAACAGAGAGGCCUCUUGCGGGUGCACUUCCUAUAGCUCUAGUGACGUGUUUUUGGUGCGUUCAUCAAGACCGAAUCGAAAGUUAGAACAGUGGAGAAAAGGAAACAGAGGAGAUGACAAGGAAGGGAAAGAGAGAUAGAGAGAGAGAGAGAGAAAGAGGGAGAGAGAGAGAGUGAAAAAGAAAGAGAGAGAUACAGAGAGUGAAAGCGUUAGAGAGCGACACAGCAGGAAAAAGAGAGUGCGUUAGGUCGGUGCCCCCUUUUGCCAUAUUUAUUGAUUUACCUAGGCCGUCGAAGCAGUCGUGUAACAGCAGCAGGUAGCUGUAAGGAUAGGUGAAGUUUGUAUGGGCCUAGUGGAGCCUUUUGUUUUUCUAUCUAUUUUUUGUUUGGUAGUGGAAAUGGUAGUUCUUCCGACGACGAAUGAGCCUGUUAACAAGUUUGUUGCGCAAUCUAUGCGAACUGCAAUGAACGGCAGCAAUGGUGCAGCACCGAUAACAGAUCAACCAUAAACAGUCCUUUGCUAGCUUCAGCUGCUGCUAGCAAGAAGUGUAUUUUGGAUAAAUAUAUAUGUAUUUGUGUGUGUGUAAGUGUGCUUGCGUGUGAGGAUGUAACCAAAGCUGCUCUAUUUGCUUAUCUAGCCUCAAAAAAUACCACGAGUGGCUCCAGGUAGGCAGUACAUCUGCUCGAAUGAACCAACAGAGGCCGCUCAAAACCUCCAGAAACGCUUUGUUGCGCCCUUUCCGUGGCGCUGUUGUUGGCGAAUCUUCCCCCUCAAGGUCAAACAGAGAACCGAGCAUCAAUUAGCAUCUGACGGUAUUUACACUAGAAGCAAAAAACACAAAAAAAAGUACAACAGCAACGCUGCAGGUUUAAGGUAGUGCAGGGUAAUCUCUGUGGGGGUAAGGGUCAGGCAAAAGUCGCGGGACCUGCUCUCUGGGAACGGCUGCUCUCUACGCUGUUGUACCACACACAGCAGAGGAUUUCGAAAUGUAUUUCCUGGUUCUGGUCCAGCACGGAAAAUUGCGCUCAUUUUCGGCAGCGCGCCGUUUACGCUACACGAUUGAGUACCUCCAGGCACCAGGUAAGCAGAUAUAGCAGGACGGUAGCUUGGUAGCUACCUUUUAUACCCACGCACGACACAACCAGGAAGGCAGUACAUUUGCUACUCGGCCGGGGUUGUAUCGUUUCUUUGUGUCGAAUGAAAGAUAGAAAUUGAACAGCAAACUGAGUAGGCCGUUCAAUUGUAGCCCAAGUUCAAGUUGCAGCGUAGUGGGAGGAGGAGGUAAAAUGGAAUUCCCUUAUCAUGAGCAAAAAGGAAGCAGGCUUAUUAUUAGAUUAUUGCGAUUGUUGCGAUUGCACUUGUUAGGCAGUUUAAUAGUCUUGGGGCAGUUAGGGAAAUCCGGUUCGAAGGACCAAAUUAUUUUGGUUCCCGUUUCAAACAUAGCUGAGUGGAGAUACAUUUUACCAAAGCAGCCCUUUGACCUUUCGACAAGCUUUGAGCGAUAAAGACAAAAAAGCUCUAAAUAAUAGUACAGAAUCUCACGUGGAUAAGCAAAAAAAAAAAAAAACUAUCACAAAAGCUAUGUUCUGUCCCGGUUUCGAGUACCCGCUCUGGGCUAGAUGAGUGUAUCGUGUUCACCUGUGAGGCGAGUUGCCUACCAUUCGGGCGCAAAAAAUAGAUUGGCUUUAUUCGCUCCAGAACAAGCACCCACACACAUACACACGCUUACAUGCGCUCAUACACGGUUACACGUGUUUGGUGUUCGAGAGAUGCAGGAGACUAUGCUUGGCCUAGCGGACCGUGCUAUCUGGAUUCAGUUCAAUUUAAUUAGGGACCGUUUGUUGCAUGAUUCAAAAAUAGGAUUAAUACAGGUCAGGAGCGACAGUGUGUGUGUUAGAGGAAGAGACAUGUAUAGAAACAUAACGAGAGGGGGAGAGAGAUAGCCAGAUAUAUACACAAAAGAGAGAGAAAGAGCAAGAAAACAGAAGAAAAAAACGUUUGCGCGCAGCAAGUAGUAACGGAACAUAGCUGAAACGGCGGAGACUUUAAACUGAGUUGGAUGCAUUUUGGAGCAAGCUAAUCUGCCCACAAACAGGCGCGGAACAUACGUAUACGCCCGGUUGUGAGAUUGUUUGUUUGAUUGAUUAGUAGAUCAACUGAUUAGUAGAAUGUUCUAUUUUAUUUAAAGCUUUCCCUCUCUUUAUGUCUCGGGCUUUCCAAUCGCCCUUUUUUCUUUUGCCCUUUUUUCGUUUCUAUUUCCCUUCUGACAUGUAUUGCUUUCUACUUCGAGGCAGGUGGUCUUACUGAUACUUCCGUUACAUGCUAGAGUAACAUUGUUAUGUAACUAAGUGUGUGUGUGAGUGUAUUUAUGUGUAGUUCCGUCCCUUAGUAGUACGACAUUAACCUGCAUUAUGUAAGGAACGGGCCAGCACCACCGCCAGAAAGCAAUCAGAUAUGCAUGCGUGUUUAGAGUGGACUUUUUAAUUUCGGAACCCCGCCGCAAGACGACCUGCAUGUGGGUGCUGUGUGUGUAUAUCUUCGCAUGUGUGCGUGUGCGUGCGUGUGUAUGUGUAGUAGACACAACGUGCCAUCAGUCGGCCUGCAUGCCAUAGGCUACCAGUCAGUCAGUCAGCUUCGAGCGUUCGGAACGCUCCUGAAGAGAACUGCGUUCACCGCGAAUAACACACGCUGCCUCGCUGUAAAUCUUCGCUCGUUUUCUUGCUUCCGACUCCGUUUAUUCUUUUAUUAUAAUUUCGUUUAUCAAUGUCGAAUCUACCUGCGUUUCGGUAGUUGUGAACUGAAGCAUACAAAAUCAAAAAUAAACAGGCGAACCAAAACCACAACCAAACAUAUCCCGAUCAACCGUCGCUUGAUGGAAAGCGGACGACGAACGUGCAGUGAAACUGACCUGUGUGUACCAUCAUUCCCUGUUGCAGGAAAGCAUUAACGGCUAAACGAUGUUAAUAAAAGAAUAUCGUAUUCCACUGCCACUGACGGUAGAGGAAUAUAGAAUAGCUCAGCUGUACAUGAUAGCGAAAAAAAGUCGUGAGGAAAGUAGCGGCGCUGGCAGCGGGGUCGAGAUCAUCGUGAACGAACCAUAUCAGGACGGACCGGGCGGCAAUGGGCAGUACACGCGCAAGAUCUACCACGUCGGCAGCCACCUGCCGGGCUGGAUCAAGGGCCUACUGCCGAAGAGUGCGCUCACGGUCGAGGAGGAGGCGUGGAACGCGUACCCGUACACGAAGACCCGCUACACCUGCCCGUUCGUGGAGAAGUUUUCGCUAGAGAUCGAGACGUACUACUUCCCAGACAAAGGGCACCAGGACAACGUGUUCAAGCUGAGCGGAGCUGACCUGCGCAACCGGAUCGUCGACCUGAUCGACAUCGUGAAGGACCAGCUGUACGGGGCGGACUAUACGCGCGAAGAAGAUCCGACCGUGUACUGCUCGGAGCGGACCGGGCGCGGCCCGCUCUCCGACUGCUGGCUGGACGAGCACUGGGAGGAGGUACAGGGCAAGCAGCAGCCGACCGCCCGCAACAUGUCGCUCAUGUGCGCUUACAAGCUGUGCCGGGUCGAGUUCCGCUACUGGGGCAUGCAGACGAAGCUGGAGAAGUUCAUCCACGAUACCGCGCUGCGGAAGACGAUGCUGCGGGCGCACCGGCAGGCGUGGGCCUGGCAGGACGAAUGGUACGGCCUGUCGAUGGACGACAUCCGGGAGAUAGAGCGGCAGACGCAGCUCGCCCUGCAGCGCAAGAUGGGCAACGAAGAGGGUGGCAACGAGCAGGACGGGGAGGGCGAGGAGGGCGAGGGUACCAAAGCGGCCGCCGAGCAGGACAAUCGAAACGCCAAUCAAAUUUACUCGAUCGAAAAGACGAACGAAAAUUCGACGCCUCACAUGGAGAAGAAGGAAGCGAUCCCGAUCAUCACGACCACGGCGGAGGCGGACCACGGUGGGCCCGGUGCGGGCCGACCAUACCGGAAGGAAAAACCGAAACCGUCCGCCCCCAGCUCCGAGGAGGACGACACGCCAGAUGGGAAACAGCAACAGCGGCGUCGGGAGGAGGACGAUGAGGAGGAAGACGAGGACGAGGAUGUCGAGGAUGAAGAGGAGGAUGAGCGACACGGUGGAAGUCGCGGGCAAUCUCAGCAGGGCGUCGCCUGCUAUCUGCGCAAGCAGAACAACACUGGCUCCAAGAGCAAACUACAUUCACCGCUCGGCUCCGCACACAGCUUCGAUUUGCAGGUUGCCAACUGGCGCAUGGAAAAGCUGGAGGUGGAUUCAAAAUCGGGCUCGGAGGAGGAAUUUUUCGACUGUCUAGGUGAUAUGGGCGAAAAGGCAUCGCUGGUGAAGUGGAGCUCGCUGGAGCUGCUGGCGGAGGAAGAUGACAGCCCGCAGCUGGCGCCGAACCACCGCAACCAGGAGGACAGCAUCUUCAGCCAGUCGUACCUGCAGCGGGUGACGUCCGAGCGGGGCACCCGGCGCUCCUUCCUGGGGCACCAUUCGUCCAGCAUCGACCGGGGCACCGGGCACGGCGACCCCUCGCCGCCCGGUUCGCCCGGCCUGCCGUCCUGCCCGACCACGGUGCUGGUGCUGAUCAUGCACGCCGGCAGCGUGCUGGACGCGAGCUCGGACAUGACCACCAAGAAGUCGGACAUCACGACGUUCCGCGGCGCGCUCGAGUCGGUGAUGCGCCAGCACUACCCGUCGCUGGUCGGGCACGUCGCGCUGCGGCUGGUCGCCUGCCCGGCCGUCUGCUCGGACGCGCUCGGCAUCCUGUCCAGCCUGAGCCCGUACUCGUUCAACACCUCGCCGUCGAGCGCGGACGUGUCGAGCCUGGCGGACGUGCCGAUCGGUGCGAUCCCGCUGCUGGCCACCUGCUCGCCCGACUUCCAGGAGUCGGUUAGCCGGGCCGUGUCCUGCGCCAACCAGACGUUCGCCGACUUCCUCAAGUCGGACGAGGGCCGCGGCUUCAACGGGCAGGUCGUGCUGAUCGGCGACUCGAUGGGCAGCGUGCUGGCGCACGACGCGCUGUGCCGGUCGGCCGCCCACCAGGGCAGCGAAGCGUCCGGCCUCAACCACAUCGCCGACUUUGCCGAGGGGAACGAUCUCGACGCGACCAAGCUGCUGACGGCUCCGUCGCCCCGCCGCCGCUCCUCCUCCACGAGCGAGUCGCGCGUGCCCAAGUUCGAGUUCGAGGUGGGCGACUUCUUCAUGUUUGGCAGCCCGCUGGCGGUGAUCCUGUCCGCCCGCCGCCUCUCGGACGCGCGGUACGGGGCCAGCAAGCCGGCCUGCACCCAGCUGUACAACCUGUUCCACCCGACCGACCCGACCGCCGCCCGGCUCGAGCCGCUGCUGUCCGCCCGCUUCUCGAUGCUGCCGCCGCUGAACGUGCCGCGGUACGCCAAGUACCCGCUCGGCAACGGGCAGCCGUGCCACCUGCUCGAGCUGAUCCAGUCCAGCCCGCAGCUGUUCGCGGACGGCGGCCCGGCCGUCCCGUCCGCCCGCCGCCUCUCCGACACCUCGAUCCAGAGUGCCGCGUCCGGCAUGAUCGACAACGUGCCGCUCACCACGAUCAACCAGCUGCAGCAGCGCUGGUGGGGCUCGAAGCGCCUCGACUACGCACUGUACUGCCCGGAGGGGCUGAGCAACUUCCCGUCGCACGCGCUGCCCCACCUGUUCCACGCGAGCUACUGGGAGUCGAGCGACGUGGUCGCGUUCAUCCUGCAGCAGAUCGGGCGGUUCGACGAGCCGGGGGCCGCCGGCUACGGCUACGAGAAGGACGUGUCGAGCUUCCGGCCGUCGCAGCCGCGCGAAAAGUGGAACAAAAAGCGCACCUCGGUCAAGCUGAAGAACGUGGCCGCCAACCACCGGGCGAACGAUGUGAUUGUGCGCGAGGGCGAACCGCAGCGGCUGGUCGCCCGCUUCAUGUACGGGCCGCUCGACGUGAUCACGCUCGCGGGCGAACGGGUGGACAUACACGUGAUGCGCGAUCCGCCCGCCGGCGAGUGGCAGCUGCUCUCGACCGAGACGACCGACAAGAACGGGCGCGUCAGCUACAUCGUGCCGGCGGAGCAGGCCUGCGGGUACGGCAUCUUCCCGGUGAAGAUGGUGGUGCGGGGCGACCACACGUCGGUCGACUUUUACAUCGCGGUGGUGCCGCCGCGCACCGAGUGCAUCGUGUUCAGCAUCGACGGGUCGUUCACCGCGUCCGUGUCGGUCACCGGGAAGGAUCCGAAGGUGCGGGCCGGCGCGGUGGACGUGUGCCGCCACUGGCAGGAGCUCGGCUACCUGCUGGUGUACAUUACCGGCCGGCCGGACAUGCAGCAGCAGCGCGUCCUGUCCUGGCUCAGCCAGCACAACUUCCCGCACGGGCUGGUGUCGUUCGCCGACGGCCUGUCGACCGAUCCGCUCGGCCACAAGGCCACCUACCUGAACAAUCUCAUCCUGAACCAGGGGCUGAUCGUGCACGCCGCGUACGGCAGCAGCAAGGACAUCAGCGUCUACACCAGCAUCGGCCUGAAGCCGAAGCAGAUCUUCAUCACCGGCAAGGUGAGCAAAAAGCACCAGUCCAUGGCGACACCACUGACCGACGGGUAUGCCGCGCAUCUCAGCUCGCUGAUGACGGUGGGCGGCUCCCGGCCGGCGCAGGGCAACGCCCGCAUGGUUAUACCGCGCAGCUGCUUCAACCUGCCCGGCCAAAAUCAAUCCAUUCGCAGGCGAAGGUUCGUGCCGGGCUAGGCUAGUGGGCGCGGGCGGAGCCCAGCGCGAACGGACACCGGAACCGGCACAUGGAACCAAUCGAAUCAACACUAACCCCAAGGCAGCCAACAAUAUCCUAAACAGGGCCCCAGCAGCAACCCUUGCAAUCCAUGCCAAAAAGAAGAAACUGGAGGAAGAGGAGGAGGAAUAAGAAGAAAAAAAGGGUGGGGGGAGGUAAUACCUAAAGCCAGUAACCAAGCGGAGAGCGACAGCGUAUAGGAAGAGAACGUAAAAGAAGAGGAGAGAAGAACAAGGGGGAAUAGUAGUAAACAUAUAUAAAAGCACUAUUUAAGAGUUGCAUCCUGUAUAGUAGUUGUUCGGCAGGAAGGGCAAUAAGUGGAGUGGAGUGGAAGGCACGAGAAGCAUGAGCAAAAGAUGAAGCAGCGAACCCCGUAAACCAAACGAUAUUCCUUAGCGUGUAAGCAGCGUUAUAUAAACACACGUGCACCAGUUUUUUGUUCGAUUCUCUCUCGCUCUCUCUCUCUGUCUCCCUCUCUGUCUCUUCCUCGAUCUCUCAUAGCUUUCGGACGUAUCAGUUAAGAAUCGGUACAGAGAUGUGGCAGCCCUCCCCUCCCUCUCCUCAGCAAUCUAUGAUAUAUAUAAUAUAUAUUAGCCAAUGGCAAAGGUGUGGAAGACCACAGUGCGCAAAAAGGCAUUUGCGACCAAUACGAAAGAUCUGUCAACAGGAACUGUUAUGUGUUAUGUAGCGAAACUUAACUAUAGUGAGAAUGAUAUCAUCAGUCGAACAUGGUUCGAAUAGAAAAGGAAACACACACACACACACACACACACCAACACGAUACUCAAGCGAUCACCAACUAUCACUGGCUAGUGACAGGCGACUCUAAGGAAGCUUGGCAAUAAGAAGCGAACCCUACAGCAAUAAUCCUGCGCCCCUGCAUUAUCUCUCGAAGCAAAAUCCCUCGCGCUCUCUCUCUCUCUCUCGCUUUUCAUUCCAUACAUAUUCCUAUACACUCCCAUCCACCCCACCCCUCUCCUAUCUCCUGUCUUUGUCUUACUCACCCAAAAACGCAAACACACACGCAUCCAUCAAACUCAGCACCAGUGAGGCGAUUAUCGGGCGAGCACGAGAAAACACAUACACACACACACACACAUAUAGGUGCCAGGCUCUAGGCGAAAACAGGGGAUUGCAGCCAUUUGUAAAAAUAAAUCAGGAUUUCUAUGCAAUAUUCUAUUUUGUCACAUGGUGAGUAUGCUGUGUCACCUUGCAACAAUAUCCCAACCACCAUCCCCUGUUACCCCACCCCUUCCCCUAAUGCAUGUUUUAGUACAAAAUUGACCACUCACCCCUCUCUUCGAUGCUCCUUGGUUUUGCUGCACACGGCACCCCCGAACCCGAACUAUUUCCGACUGAGGCUAACCGCUAAACUCGUUCACUUCGUUUCAGGUACCUGGCUUAGAAGACUGUCUCUUAAACCGGCUGUAAAGAGGAAGAAACCCAAAUUAAAACAAAACAGAGAAAAACGCAAAAAAACGCAUACAGAUAUGAAAAGAAAGCAAAGGGAAUAAUAAUAUAAAUAAAUAAAAAAAACAACUACAGAUGAAUCUAUGUAACAACAACUCUAAUAACAAAGCGAACAAAACUGACGCGGAGAAGGCGCGAAAAGAAAACACAGAACCUGUUUAAAACGUGAAGCAAAACAAAAAAAAAGAGAAAGAUACCGUUUAUAAUUAUUAUAACCUUGUUAUUCGAGUAUUGUUGAGCCUUAUCUCGGUUUUUGUGUUUUCACAAUAAUGAAAAGGAGUGGUGGUAGGAUGAGGUGGUAGACAUCAAUUCAAUGUUCUGAUAUAUACAAGUCGAAUCUGUUUGGAUAUGUAAUUAAUUUGUAAGAACGUUUUACCCGACGCGGAUUGGGCACACACACACACAUACAUACACACAUCCACACAUUUGUGGUGCGAAAGUGUGCGAACAUACCUACAAAAACCAAAACAAAAAAAAAAACAAAAAACAAAAACAGUGGAAAAGGGAAAAAGAAAAUUGCAAUGUUGCUGGUAAGCGGCAGCAGUAAAGGAACAAACAAAAAUCCCACGCCGAUGCGCACCUAAUUACUGAACAUAUACAUAUAAUGGAUACAACUUACAUAUAAAACCGCGGGAAUAGGUGUCCAGAACUGGAUGGUAGUACAGUGCAAACGUUGUAAGAAUCUAUACAUAUAUACAUAUAUACAUAUAAUAUACAUCCGUAGACGUAUUAUACAGGAGUCAUCCAAAUGUUCGUAGUUUGAGGCAAACGUCCGUUAGACGCCCGGCAAUGUGUUAGAGAGAGAGAGAGGGGGGGGGGGGGAGAGGAUACAAUGAACAGGGGACAGGAAACCCUGCCCAGGGCGGGUUCCUGUAUAAAGCAAUGAGGUGCCCACUCCGCUCACCUAGAUGGGGAAGCACUGGGGAAUAGAGGAGAAUAUAUUCUAAAACUUUGAUGUUUCUUUACUGUUAACGUAUGGAAGACGUAUGGAUGUGUGUGUGUGGGUGUGUAGCAAAUUGUAGUGAUUUAGAGGUUUAAAACCUGCCCCGCUCCCCCUCCAUUCAAGAAAGCAAGAUUGAAAGUAAAACAAGCAAAGAAAUGAAAUGGGAAAAGGGGAAAGAUGACAAACUAACAGCUGAAAAUGAUGGGGCACUUAGAAGAAGUAGGAAAAAGAAUGCGAAAGCAGUACAUGUAUGUGUUGAGUGGUCAAAAUAAACUGAAAAUCAAACUCUGAAACCAAUGAACGACGUAAUAUUGCAAGAAGAUGUGAAACGGAACUUGUAACUUGUAACUUUAUCUAGCAGCGCCGCAACUGCACACUAUACAUUACGGAUUUACACACACACACACACACACAUACACCUCAACAUGAAUACACACCUACACACGAACACACUCACAGUUAUGCAAGGCGAGUGAUUUGGAAGUCUUCUCAUAAAAAAAGCAAAAGCGAAACAAAAAAGCAAGAAAAAGGCUGUCAAUCUCUGAACCCACUACGCAAGAGCUGCGCUGCUCUGCUGUAGUAAUUACUCGUACCAUACGUUGUGUCUCUCGCCAUGAUUAUUUAUCCUCCGUCACGGAGCGACUAUUGCAAGUAUGGAUGGAACGCAGAAACCGUACCCAUGGGACUAAACCCAUCAGAGGAGUCCAUAUUCAUGUAUGUGUGUGUGUGUGUACCAAAUGUACUAACAGUUGGGUUGACAGCUGGUGUCACUCUGCCACAUCCGUUACUAGGUAUAGCCGCUACUUAAACUAGGUCGAUGUCCCCAUUCAUGUUUAUCAUCGCAGGAAUACCACGAACGGUUAAAAGCUCCGUAAACCCAUAUUCACAACAUCCGCACAUCCACUCUGUAUAACACUUGUACUCAAAAAGAGCAGCUCUCGACGAAUUUACACGCAGCAGAAGGAACCCGAGCGAGGAACAAAAGUAACAUACACUCAAAACAAACAAACAAACAAAAAAGAAAACAAACGAAGUAUUCUAUUCACUGGACAAUCUUUGACUACGAUCAAAACUAGUACUAUUACUUCUACUAUUGCAGCUGCUGCUACUACUUCCACUACUAAAUGCAAACUGAAAGCAAACGGAAGCAAACAAACAAAUGAAAUCGAACCCCAGUUCCCCCGCUUCCCACUCCCCCUGUAAAUCAACAAAGGAAAAGGUUGUAAAAGCGAAACGGCUGAAUGUUGUAUAAGUGUAAAGAAUUAUUAGCAACUCCAACCGUCAGUGAAUCGUUAGCUGUAUCCACGUUUUGGAUGCGAUCUAUACUGCAUACACAGUACACACAUGCACACAAAUAUACACAGACACACUGACACGCCCUACAAACGAAGAUUUCAGCUGACACUUGGCUAUACUAAGCGGAUACUAUGAAUCAGUUGCUUACUCGUAAAGUGAUGUAAUUGCUUGUACAUUAAUAAAUGAUAAUAAUAAAACAAA